AUGGGAUUGAAUAUUGAUCAGAAUCACACCACGGAUUCUUCCGUUAAUGUAAAUUUGAUUCACAAUACACUCAAUAACUUUCACAAUUUGCUUUUGUUAUACGACGAGUUUGAUCGGUACCUUCACAAGGUUGAUAUCUACAACUGCUGCCGAAUUCUUUUCAAAUGCUACUCAAAGCUAACGGAAAUUGUUGGUUCUAGGUUUAACGAGAACGAGUUCAGAAUUCGUUACACAUCAAUGGCUAUGAACACCUUUACCACAUUCACAACGUCCUUUAACAACGCAAGCUAUCUAAAUGUUACAAUUGAUCAGUAUUUUUGUACAAAUAAUCCAACUAACUGUUACUUGGAUUCUCUUAUAUCUGGAUCGCAAAACAUCAGGGAGAUUUACGAAAACGUGCUCAAGGAUGUCACCGGAACCGACAAAUGUGAACUGGCAAGCAAAAUAAUCUGGGAAUUCUGCAAAAAAUACGAUAUUUGCCUCAGGGUUCUGUUCUGCCUGUCCUACUACUCGUUCAACAUGCUGGGUAACUAUAGAGGAUAUAGUUUUACGCUAAGGUCCCAUAAUAACAUUUGCACAGAAAUUAAACUCUCCGAUUUGGUGGAAAGCUAUAACACUUUGGGGCUUUUUAACUAUUUUAUGGAUCUAUAUGAGAAUUUUUGCGAAUCGUACCUGGAAUAUACCGUGCCGCCGAGCAUCAUGCAAGAAGCAGUCAAAAUGAGCAACGAGUUCAACAUAAACCUACACCUGAAGAUGCACUGCGCGGACCCGGGAUUCUACGAAUUUAUGAAAAAUCAGCUGCUGCUGAGUCUGCAGGCGACAAAUGCCAAGCUGAAGGUCCUGGACGAGUACGUGAAGCAGGUUUUUUUCAUCUACAAAAACUUUGAUGGAACAAAAGCAAUACAGCCGAACGACUUCAAAUUCGAUGAUGUGUACAUAAAGGAGAUGUACGUGAGGAUGGUGGGAUGCUUCUUCGACGACUUCUGCGUAAAGGUGUCCCUGAUGCUGCCGCUGGUCGACGCGCUGUACAUAAUCGAAAGGUUCGUAGGCAUGGUGCACACGACGCUUGACUUCAAAGGGCUGAACUAUUUUCAAAUUUACCUGGAAAUUACACUGAGGUACUGGGAAAACCAGGUCCUGAACUACGUUAGGACACUAUCGCUGAACCAGUACCCGGUGUUGGCGCCAGUAAACAUCGGAGGACAAAUUUGCACGCCUGUAGUGGAUCCGAACGUGUUUCUGAAGCAGGCAAACUUUGACACAAUUAUACAGUGCUUCACCGCUUACAUCACUCACUUCUUGAAGACGAUCGGCGUCCAGACCUCGAACGAAAAAUUGGAGCCGAUUCAGCGCCUGGGAUUCCUGAAGAACACGAACAACUGCUACAUCUCGAUUAACAUGUACUCCUUGGUGAAUCUCAUGCUGAAAUUGCUGAUCCUUCCCGUGGAGCUGAACCACGAGCUGACGACGUUCUUCGAGUCGCACACGAAUAUUCUGGACAAGUUCUCGGACAUCAUCAAGGUCACCAAGAACAGGAUCCUGAGGAUGUACAUCCACAAAAACUCGAAGCUGAUUCAGAACACGGUGAUACUCUACCUGUUCAACAGCAACACGAGCGUCAAUGACUUCCUGCUGACAAUCAACAAGCUCAGCAUGGAGGACCAUGGCUUCCACCAAAUCAUAACGGUCUUUUUGAUUUACAUCUCGAACGCGCACUGCAUGAACAGCAUGGCCACCAUGGUGCCGCACCUGAUCCAGUGCUCGCAGCUGGUGUACUCAGGCCUGUCGGACUCGGAGGCGGAGAGCCGCAUCCUCAUCGGCCUGAUCAAGAACAACUACAAGCUGGGCCUAGUCAAAAUAUCGCUUUUAAAGUUGCAGGACCACCUGAUAGCGCACCUUUCGGCCUUCAACCAGCAGUUCGUCCAGAGGGUCGUCUCAAACACACUCAACAUGCUGCGCCACACCUCUUCAGAGUCCAACGGCAACGACCUGACAACCUACCUGUUGGCCUUCUCACAGCUUUUGUUCACUCAUCUUCCACACGAGACAUAUAUAAACAUAUUGACUAUCUGCAUCGAUUUAACAUACAACUGUGUAAUAUUUGAGGUUUUGGAUUUUUUCGAGAGAAUCAACUACAAGUUUAAUCAGCAACUCUUUAAUAAAAUCAAGGUUUAUGUUGAGUCGCUAUCGUAUUCAAUCAACCAGAACGUUACCAAUGGCCUAGAACUGGAUCUCUCUUACGCGGAGAAGUUUGCCAACUUCUUGAAGGUUUUCAACGACUACAACGGCGUUAGCGACCACCUGUACGGAUACAAUGAGUCCAGCAGGUUAAAUAAGCUAAUCCGUCACAUAAAAACUUUCUAA